UCAGAUCCUAUAUAUUUACAUGCAUCAUAUAAUUUAUGUAUGUACACGAUGAAAUGUUGUGUAAGUCUUAAAUAAACUGCCUGUUCUGUUUUGUUCUUUUCUGUUCAAAAGUUUCUCCGGAAGUUGUUAGAGUCGCCAACAAAACAUAUAUAAGGAAGGAAAUAUGAAAACAAUAAGGAUAUGUAACAUGAGGAGUGUCUAUAGUAAAUAAGUUAAGCGAUACUUAAGCUCGUUAAACUACGUUAAAUGUAAUGACUAUCUGGAAAGGAAUGAAUAGUAUCUGUUAUUUUGCACCUUUAUACUUAUCCUGAUUAGUAAAACUGAAUCCACAAUUUAAAUGCUCGUUAAACAAAGAAGUGACGAAGAAUGUUUUUCUAAAUAUCUAAACUCACAAGAAAAUGUUGGAAUUUAAAAGUGUUCUUCUAUUAAUGGUGAUAUUCCACUUAGUCGCUGAAGUACAUUGUAAUUGUUCUGAAAAGGACACUUGUUCAUCAUGUGCGCGGACGAAAUCUUGGGUUCCCUUCUUGGACGUCACAUCAAGAUGGUGUCCCCUUGACAGACGCUCUCAUUUCUUUGGGUCCGCUGAGAACCCUUGUACGACUGAAAUGAAUAUUGAUGAGCAAUCGCAAUGCCCAGUCGAUGAUGGAUUUCGCAGUGAUUUCAAUUCAUCUGAAGUGUAUACCAACGCUUUCCUGGCUUCCGUUGCCUACGCCGAACCUGAAUACGUUCAGAAAUGUCUACAUCAUAGCCUUCCAGACCAUGAUUUCGAAAUGUAUGAGGCAAUCGGACGAAAAUGCGAUGGUGUAUUUGAUUACAAGGAGUGUUUUGCAUACACGGCUGUUUCUCACAAAAGGAAACUCAUUAUUGUCUCGUUUCGAGGAACGGCCGCAUAUAAGCAACUCGCAGAGGAGAUUUUCAGAUCAGUUUUCUCCGAACCCUUUAAACAAUAUGGAUAUGUUGACUCUUAUUUCAAGUAUGCUUUCGAAAGGCUGUAUCCGUGCAUUAAGAAGAGUGUUCAAACUCUUGUAACCAAGCAUUCAAACUAUGACGUUUUUGUAACCGGUCACUCUCUUGGAGGUGCAAUUGCCUCUCUUGCAGCGAUUUCUUUGAGAGAAGGAGAUCUAGUAACAGACGACAAAAUAUCGCUCUAUACGUUUGGUAUGCCUCGAGCUGGUAGCCGCGAGUAUGCCUUCAAUUUUGACAAGAAAGUCAGAAAGAGCUGGAGAAUUGUCCACUACCGAGACAUGGUCAGUUUUCUUCCACCGAGACUUGGAAUUAUAAAGAAGAGGAUCCCCUACCAUCACCAUGGUGAAGUGUAUUAUCCUCUUGCAGAAAUGAAAAGAAAUUCAUGCUAUGUUAUUUGCCAUGGCAACGAAGACGACCCAAACUGUAGCCGAGCUAAUAUGCCUUAUACAGAGGAUUUCAUUUUUACCAUGGUCGGCUGCGUGCUAAAUCCAUUAACAUGCGCAUUAGCAUUAGAAAAACAAGUGUACGACCUGUAUAUGGGUAGUUUUGUUUAUCACACGCAUUACUUUGGUAUCAACAUGGGUAGCUAUUGUAAAACAGAACUCCGAUACCAUAGAGCAUUCGAAGAAUCCCAGUUUCCAAGUGACUAUUGUCAGACUAUCUCACUGACAGACACCCAGAAAGUAGCCGGAACAGCUAUUGCCACUGUAAAGGAAAGUGAGUGUGACUUUGAAAAGGACUUUUGCGGAUGGACCCGGGGCACUGGAAGUAUGUUCAACUUUAAACGGACACAGGGGGCCACAUAUGAGGGCGGCAAGACGGGACCUUCUUGUGACAGGAAAGGCUCUAAUAAAGGUUUCUUCAUCUUUGCUUCCGGGAACGACGACCAAGUAGCCAAACUGCGGUCCCCAAACUUCCCUACCGGAGAGUAUUGUCUGAGGUUCUUCUACCAUAUGUACGGCAAUGACAUGGUCAAGCUCACACUGUGGCUGAUGAUGGACGGAAUUAAGAGUAAAAACGUGUGGACCAAGUCUGGGGACCAAGGAAAAAAAUGGAUAAAGAAAGAGGCAUUUAUCAAAAACCAAGAAAAUAUCAAUGGAACACUCAAUUUCGAGUUUGAAGCUACGAUAGGGAAAGGUUUCGCCAGUGAUAUAGCCUUGGAUGACAUAAGUGUAAAACCUGGAAAAUGUUAGAACAGAUGAACAGUACUGUCGGACCUAGAGACCGUACUGGAGACAUUUGCUACAGUUGUAUUUAUUGUAUGCUUUCCGUUGAUAUCAAUGUGCCCCGGUGGUUUGACAUUAACUGCACAUCGACAAUAAUUAUUGAAAGUGUUUUAAAUACUAGUACUCACAGUUGUUAUUGUCCGCAAUGGGGUAACUAAAUAGGCACGAGUUAACUUUAUAGAGUUACCCCACCGGAAUUUCAUUUAUUGUUUCCUGCUAAUCCAACGUAUAUUUCAAAUUAGAACUUGCAAGCAACUAAGUUAUAUCGUGUAUCACUUUGUCUCAUCAGCUUCCAACCUUUAAGCAUGCGGAAUUUCACAUACCACUGGGGGUGUAUAUCACAUACCCCCACCCCCAGCUACUGACAGUGUAACGAAUAUAUCUCAGUGAGUACUUUUAAUAAUAAGAUUAUAUUAAGACAUAAUGCAUUUGUUAUGAAAAUAUUCAGUGACGCUUAAAUAUUGUCUCAAAAUUAUUUUUGUGAUAUUUGGGCCAGAAUACUUAAAAAACGUAUUGUUUAUGCGUAUGUAUCUUUUAUAGUUCGAGUUUGAAGCUAAGAUAGGGCACGAGUUAACUUUAUAGAUUUAACCCACCCGGACACAUUUACUGUUUCCUGCUAUUGAAACCUUUAAAGCUUCCAACCUUUAAACAUGAGGAAUUUCACAUACCACUGGGGGUGAAUAUCACAUACCCCCCUCCCCCUCCCCCAGCUUCUAACAGUGUAAUGAAUAUAUUUCAGUGAGUAAUUUUAAUAAUAAGAUUAUAAGAUAUAAUGUAUUUGUUAUGAAAAUAUUCAGUGACGCUUAAAUAUUGUCUAAAAAUUAUAUUUUAAGAAAUAUAGAUUUUAAGAAAAGUUUAUGUAUUCAAGUUUAUUUGGAACAAAUACAAUAACAAUGUAAAAAUAGUAAUACAAUUGUUUAACAGCAUAUAUAUUUUCUCAGUAAGUUUACAUUAAAUUAUAACUGUACAAGAAAGAUGUAUCACAGUCAA